GUAAAAUUAUCAAGGAUGGUAUAUCCCCCACCAGAUGUGCUUGUACCACCUAGGAAAGAUGUCCUUCUUAUGACCCCCUGGCUGGCUCCCAUCAACUGGAAUGGGACUUUCAACACUGACAUCCUGAAUGAGCAGUUCUGGCUUUGGAACAUCACCAUUGGAUUAACUGUGUUUGUUGUAAAAAAAUACAUUUUCCACCUGAAGCUGUUCCUGGAGAUGUCAGAGAUGUACUUUAUGGUGGGACUCAGGGUGAACUACUAUGUCUUCACUGACUGGCCAGACCAUGUUCCUCGCAUUCCCCUUCAGAAAGGAUGGCAGAUGGUCAUAUUCAAGGUCCAGAGGUAUGCCCGCUGGCAGAAGAUUUCCAUUCACCGCAUGGAGGUGAUAAGCAAUUUUAUUGAGCAGCGCUUCCACCACAAGGUGGAUUAGGUGGAUUACCUUGUGUGUGCAAAUGUGGACAUGAAGUUUAGUGAUGAUGUGGGCGUGGAGAUCAUCUCCUCCUUGUUCAGCACCCUCCAUCCUGGCUUCUAUGGAUUGACUCGGAAAUACUUUGAAUAUGAACACCAGCCUCAGUCACAGGCCCAUAUUCCUGCAGAUAAGGGGGACUUUUAUUACAUAGGGGCCUUAUUUGGGGGGUCCAUGCCCGAGGUUUACAGACUUGCCAAGGCCUGCCAUGAGGCGAUGAUGGUUGACCAGGCCAAUCACAUAGAGGCCACACGAAAUGAUGAGAGCCACCUGAAUAAAUACCUGCUUUACCACAAACCCACCAAGAUCCUUUCCCCUGAGUACAUGUGGGAUAGUCAAAUACUCAAUUAUUUGGAGCCAAAUCAGGUGCGGAAUUUGGUCCAUGCUGUACAUUAG